AUGCCGCCAAAUUUGAAAACGCUUCCUAGCUGCAGCGGGUCGCGUUUAGCUGGGUCUCGGUCCAUGGUCUCGACUCCUUCAAAGCCGUCAAAUCCUACUUUUCACCGAAAUAAAUCUUGCUCUGCAACACAUAUCCCCAACGGGAGAGCCCCACGGGAAAUAAUUCUAAUCCGUCGCGGGAAUAUGUCUACACAAGGCAUCUUGUGCCUGCUGGAGUCGCAAGCGACGAGGCAGCAGGAGCGUCCUCCUCAGCAGAGUGGUCUGGAGAAGCUCAGAGCCACGGUCCACGCACUCGUCAUCCAGAGAGACCAUCUGAAGGCCAAGAUGGAGGCCAACAAGGAGCUGGGGAGUGACGACCCAGGCCGGUCUACCAGGGGAGAGGGGGCGGAGGGUUCUGAAGGCUCGGUGAACUCCCAGCUACUGCAGUUGAUGGCCAGGCACGCCCAGCUCACAGACCGGCUCCACGCCCACCACCUCAUCGGUGGCUACGACAUCAUCGAGACGCGGCAGGGGAAAGGCGUGUGCGUCUCCGUGGCGACGUCCUACGAGGGCGUGUACCUGGAGCGGUACAGCCUGGAGAUGGUCAUGGCGCCCGCGGUCCAGAUCGUCCGCCACGACGUGCCCGUCUUCGUGCCCCUGGCCCGGCUGGCGGAGAAGGACGGCGCGCUGCAGCACCACCUCACGGGCUUCCUGGGGGAGCUCGGCCGCCUGCUGGACGGCUACGCAGGCCGCAGGCAGCAGCUCAGGCUGCUCAAGGAACAGCACGUCUCGGUGACGGUGAUGGAGAGCAACGCGCCGUGCUCCCUCCUGGUCCUGACGCUGACGGCCCCUCGGACACCUCCGCUGGGGGACGUGGCCGUUCUGUGUAAGCUGCACUACUCCGACCACACCCGCUGCCUGCCCGAGGAGGUCACCGUCGAGUCAGAAGACGGGGAGCUGCCUGAGACCGCCCAGUGGAAGGGCAUCUGCACCCUGCUGAAGCAGACCCCUCUGCACAAAGCCGUGGCCACCCUGAUCCAACGAGGAGACAUCAAGUAGUUCCUCUGAACCGCGUCAACACCCAGCCAUCUCUCCUUAACCUCUUUGUUUAUAUAUAUUUAAUAAGAACCAUGUACAUAUAUGUUAUACCAUACUUGAUAAUAAAAACAGAAAUGCAACU